AAUGAAGUCACUUCAAUAUUUAUUGGAAUUUCUUUUGCCGGUAGCUGUUGCUGUGCUGUUUCUUAAAGGGCGAUGUGCACUUGGUGCAGUAUGCAGACGUCCAGUUGACAUCGCCUUUGCAAUUGAUGCCUCGGGUAGUGUGGGAUCAUGGGGAUAUGAUCAAGAGAAGAAAUUUGUACAAAAUACCGUGGGAAUAUUUGGAAUAUCUCGCUCUGGAACGCAUGCUGCAGUAAUAGUGUACAGCACAAGGGCUGAGGUUACAAUAUCAUUUCCUCAACAUAACCACUUCUGGAGUUUCUCCAGAGCAGUUUCUAAACUUCCUUAUCCCGGUGGGUAUACCAGAAUUGACCUGGCACUGAAAAAGGCAGCAGAGGAGGUGUUUUCUAUUGACGGUGGAACACGGAGCAGUGUACCUAAGAUACUGAUUGUAAUGACGGACGGUUAUCAGACACGUACCUCAGAUUCGAUCCCUCUUGACAAAGCGGUUCUACCCUUGAGAGCCAAAGGAGUUCAGGUUUAUGCUUUGGCCAUCGGGCAGUACGUGAGGGAUUACGAGUUGAGGUUGCUUGUUGAAAAACCAGCACACAUCUUCCGAUCCAGUAGGUUUAGCAGUCUCAGCAGUGUUAUAUCGAAAUUGGCAACAACAACUUGUACCAAUGCCCUACCUACGGCGUUCGGAAUUUAUCCACUUAACCAGCAAACCCGUGGAAAGGACAUAAGCGCACGUAAGGCUCCUAAAGGUUACUUAAGUUCAGUAAACAUCGUCUCUGGACCCUACGGGAGAGCUGGUGGAGCAUUUUACCUCAAGGGAACAUCCGACAGCUACAUUGACUUCCCAAACAGCGCUCGUGGCAAAUUGGACGCGUACAGUUCUAUCUCAAUAUUUUUGUGGGUUUUCCCUGAAGGCACAUCUGGUCCUAUCAUCAACUACCGAAGAGGAGGAUAUGGCGUCGGCCUUUGGAUGACACGCUCCAAACUACUCGUGGGUCUUAUUUACAGCCGCCGCAACUUUUACAGAAGAAAAAUUUAUUUUUACAAUUUUUAUCCAAAGAGGUGGUAUUAUGUUGGACUUACGUACGAUUACAACCACGGAAUUGCAAGUUUGUGGGUCAAUGGCAAAAUGGCUUCUCACUUAAGGAUUGGACGUAUACACUUAGCUACACAAUAUCCCAUUCGUAUGGGUGCCAUGAGCGACCCAAAGCAGUACUUUAGAGGCAGGGUCACUUGUCUGCAGAUUUAUGGAAUUGCACUGACUGCCAACCAGAUACAAUCUGUAAAGACGAAAUGUGCCGCCGGCGACAAGAAAGAUCCUUGUCUUGCCAGUCCUUGCAAAAAUGGAGGGAGCUGCAUUGUGGACACGAAAGAUAAAACCGGCUAUCGAUGUCGCUGCAAACCAGGGUACCGUGGACAUCGAUGUGACGAAAAACCAACACAAUCAACUGGAAAGCCAACAGCAAGACCAACUGGAAAGCGAACAACAGCAGCAAAAGGAUCACCGGGCCGAAAAAUUCCAAUAACACCAGGACAGACCACCAAGCCCGCCAGCACUGGAGGAGUAACCACCCCUGGAGCUAUCACAAAUAUAAAUGGUUUCCGUAUAGAGGUGGUGGAGUUUAUCAAUCGAUUGAGACGCCUGCAUGGUGCAGGUCCUCUUAUUAUUUCCACUCGUAUUUCUACGGCAGCCCAAAACUGGGCUCAAGUCUUGGUCUCCAAAGGCACAGCCUCCAUAGAUCCGAACACGAAUUACGGCACGAAUGUGUUCACCAAGGUUGGUUCUCAAACUGGUUUGGCCCAGUUGGCUGUGGUGACAUGGUACACAUCAGUGAAGUAUUAUGACUGGGCCAGGCGCCAGCCAAAAAUUCUGGCACUGCCUUUUAUUCAUCUCGUAUGGCUCUCAAGUAACUUUGUUGGUGUCGGAUUGGCCAGGUCGCCAUCUGCAAAGUUUUACAUCGUUGUGUACUUUGACCCAAUGCCUGGAAAUAAACAGCCGUUGCUUAAAGAAAACGUUCUACCAUAUACAGAUGUAUACAUCCUAUUGCAGAGUGCACUGUGUACCAAGGGAUAUACGCUUCACAAAGGAACUUGUUACAGAUAUCAUACGGAUAAACAAACUUGGGAGGGAGCAUUGUUUCAGAGCGCCAAAGAUAACGCUACCUUGGUAUCCUUCCACCAGACAUAUGAGGUUGGCUUUGUCCAAAGGCUUAUUACACCAGGAAUAACAGGUUUAGUGUGGACAGGCUUGAAUGAUCGGAUCACGGAGGGGACGUAUACGUGGUCGGACGGUACCAGUGUUGAUCACACUUCUUGGAAAGCAAACGAACCAACGGGUUUAAAGGAAGACUGUGUUGGUAUAGAAGGGACUAGCUAUGGCACCCUUAUGUCUGAUGCUCCAUGUACUGAGCCACAUAGUUACGUGUCUAGAAAGCCACUUGAAGGACUAAUUACAUAUCGAAUGAAGAUACAACUUACUUCUUUACUGUGGACGGAUGAUUACGGCCAAGCGACGUCUUUCCCGUAUUUGGACCUCAAGCAAAAGAUAGAAACAAUGCUGCUGGAAAUCUUUAAGAUUGAUCCGACCUUCGUGUCAGGAUAUGUCGAAGAUUUCAGCAAAACCCCUAAGCAAAUCUCUCAACCCACUGCUAAGCCAACAAAGCCUGGUAUUGCGACUCCUGCCAAGUCAUCAGGGACAUCUCCAGUCUCUGGAGCCACCAGACCAACACUGGUUUCGACAGGAACCACACAGGCCACUCCAGCGUCAAAACCUACUUCAGGUGGAGCAAUUUCCAAUGAGAAGUCGUCGGUGACAAGUUCAAUUAUUUUGAAGUUUGGACCAGGAGUAAAACCUGAUCCUACAAAGCCAUUUCAAAAUCAUUUGAGGAGGAACCUUGGAAGACUUCCAGGUCCGGUUAAUCUGAAAACUCUUAUCCAAUCCGUCAGAAUAGUUCACCCAGGAGUUCCACCAGCUGUGUUGGGAACUUGUACACCCGCCUGCUAUACCACUUGCCUCGUCUCUUGUAAUCCAUUUUGUUGCAAUUCCAAAAUGGCUGCUGGAAGCAAUAUACAGUACUCUGCCAUGCGACACGCUGUAAUAACCCAAGCAAAUCGCAGGCGAUUUAUUAUGCCUGGCUUUUCGAGGUAUCCAAUGGCUCCCCUCCAGACCAUGGUACCGCAGGCCCGUGCGAUGACAGUUCCAGUGACACUGGCAAUAAGAUGUGUUCCAACCGUUCAGGCACCUUGCCCACCAGGCACUCAAGUUUCACAAACUGUUCAGGGCUCUUAUAAAAUGCCUCAACCUCGAACUAUUCAAGGAAUCUUGAGCCCAAAGCAACGUCCGAUCAUGUCGAUCCCACGCUUGACAUUGCCAAGGCUUCCUUAUUCAACCAAUCAGCAGGCAUUUCUCCCAAGGGCCGCCAAUCCAGUGCAGAUACCUUGUAUACCAAGUCUUUAUAACCUAUGUCCACCAUUAAUACGUCCCCCUACAAAGCCUCUGAAAGUGACAGAUCCUCCACAGCACAUAAUACAUCUUCCACCGCCUCAGAUGCAGCCACCGUGCACUCCUGGCGCGUUCAAUCCUUGUCCACCACAAACAGGUCUUCCUUCAAGUCCUUUAAAAGUAACAGAUCCUCCUCAACACAUAAUACAUCUUCCUCCGCCACAGUUACAGCCACCCUGUAUUCCGAGUGCGUUCAAUCCCUGUCCACCACAAAUAAGUCCUCCUUUGAGACCUAUGAAAGUAACUGAUCCUCCGCAGCAUGUGAUUCAUUUACCUCCACCACAGAUACAACCUCCUUGUAUUCCUAGUGCGUACAACCCAUGUCCUCAGCCAAUUAUACCCCCUGUGAAUCCUGCACUUGCACAAUCCCCACCACAACAAAUGAAUCGUCUGCUACCACCACAGAUGCAACCUCCCUGCAUUCCAUCUUUAUACAAUCGUUGUCCACCUCAGACGAAUAUUCCACCUUCCAAAUUAAAAGUUAUAGAUCCUCCGCAACAUGUGAUACAUUUGCCACCACCACAGAUGCAACCCCCUUGUAUUCCUAGUGCGUACAAUCCAUGUCCUCAACCCAUUAGGCCCCCUAUAAAACCUGCACUGGCCACGUACCCACCACAACAAUUUAUGCGGCUGGUACGACCACAGGCGCAGACUCCUUGUAUUCCUAGUGCGUACAAUCCAUGUCCCCAACCAAUUAUGCCCCCUAUUAUGCCUGCACAGGCCAAAUACCCAUCACCACUAUUAUGGCCUGUGCUUUGCAUUCCUCUUCCUAACCGCCCUUGUCCUCCAAGAAAGCUUUCGAAACCAUCACACAAGAAGGGCAAGUCUCGAGCUUUCAUGCCCAAACCCGUUGUAAGUUCCUAUGUGGUCCCGUAUAGCAACUUACCAUACUGGCAAUCUCGGGUGGCAUCCUAUACUCCAUUUGUCGCACCGCCAUUUCCAGUCUACCCAAUACGGCGAUUUCCAACCUAUGCAACCCAAAAUUAUGGCCAACAACCACCAUUUCAGCGGUAUCGCUCCCCUGCCUUGUCUCAGAUGUCGCCAAUACAGCCCUUUGGAUUGCCUCCUUGGAGUCCAAUGCCUUUCCCCUAUUUCAGCCGAGUUCCCAAACCUUCUCUCGGUGACAAACCUAAAAAGACUUUGCCUGAGCCUCCAAAACCCUCUCAGGCUCCUCAACCGCCUAAGCCUAUUCCAGUCAAAGGACCAAUUUCUUUACAAGGUUCUUUAACUCUUUAUCCUAAGCCAGCACCAAUAGCUCCUCCUUUUCCUUUCCCUCCGUAUCCCCAAGGACAAAAUCCCUUCUCAAUGAUCAACCCCUGCAUCCCUUCUCUAGCGAAUCCCUGUAAUCAAAAUACAGGAAAUGUACCUUCAAUGCCUCCUACGAAUUCGUACGACAGAAAAUCUAGGCCUAUACUUUUAACACGACCUCUGCAGGUUCAAGGAAGCAUUUAUCUCAAACCACCUCCACCACGCCCAUUCCCUAUACCGCCGAGUUAUACAUCAAGUGUUAUGAAUCCUUUUUCCAGGCUCGUUUCUCCCAAACCACCAAAUGCACCUCAGAUAGCUGCGUCCCCCCAUUCAAUAAUUGUUCAGCUUCCCGAAAUUUCUCUUCAGACUGCUCCAGCAUCUUUACUUCCAAAGCCUAUCGUUCCACCUCCACCACCUUCACCAGUCUUUCCAAGUAGCUGUCCAAUAUCCUGUACUCACUAUCCAGGAGUAUUUUGCCCUACAUAUUGCGCGAAAUAUUGUUGUAAAAAGAGAGGUAGGAAACAGAAGAGUCCCUCGAAGACGAAAAGUAAGAAGCCUGAUAAAAAUAAGAUGCAAAAAGAGGCCAAGGCAAAAAGCAAAGAGAAAAAAAUUUUGAAAGUGAAAAAAGCUAAGAAGGGAUAAGUCUAAAUUUCAUAUGAUUUUGUUAGCCAAGCUAAUUCAAAAAGUUUUGUUCGCUUUUCACCGGAGCAGCUGUACUCUUUUGUGCGUUGAGCGAUUAUAAUUCUCUGAUAAUUGUAGUCCUUAACGGAUAUAAGACAAUUUGGUUCCGUCCUCUUACACUCAAAUACAAUGUCAUAGGGCAAUUUGUAAAGGUAAAAACAUAAUUCCUAAUGCAAUGUGGUUUUGAUAAGCACAAGUGAGUUUUGCACUAGCAAUACGGGCUCGUACUUAUUUACACCAAAUUGCUCGAAAAAUCAUGUUAUUGCUUAUUAGUAAUUUGCCAAAAGGUCUGGAGAGCAGCAGAUAUGUAACGAAUUUAAGAAAGUGAACGACACUGUCGAAACAUGUUUUUAAAAAAGUGUCGUUUAUUUCCUUAAAUUCGUUAUUCGUAAUUUAGAAGAAAAAAGCAUCCCAGAAAGUCAAGAUAGACAAAAUUUGACGGCGCGCGCUCGCUAUUUGAAGUUUAUACUCGUGCUACAACUUUGCUACAUAAGAAAUUAACUCGUUUUCAGCCAGUCAGAAGCGCGUAGUUUUUCAUGUAUAU